CGCGUUAAAUUCGAUAUUCCUUUUAUUCUUUAACGAGCUAAUUGCGAGCCCAGCAAUGCAAUAACGGUAGGCGUAAUGAGAAAUAUUAUUUUCCAUUCAAUUCAUGUUUAAACAGCGAAUUAAACAAGCACAUUGUUUGGAAUACUGUGGGAGACCAGGCAGCUGUACUAAGUUGGGCAUUAUUGAAAAAAAAAGCCGGUGUUAUAAGCUGUCGUUGAUUUACAAAGAACAGCCUAAAAAGUUUAAAAGUUGUGAUUUGUUUCACUGCCAAUGCAUGCGGUGAAGUGAACUUUUAACUUUUUUGAACUCAGAACGAAAAGUGACAUUAACAUUCCUGAGAAUAAUAUAUUUAGAUAAGGUUCUACAAAUAUUCGUAACCAAGCAGGUAACAGAUAAGUGAAUAAUGCAAGCAGGAAAAGGUCGUUCUCACGGGGAAAUUACGAAGACUGAUGUCUAUAUCUCCGGCGACGAAAUUCAACCGGGCAACCAGCGGAAAAGAAGGAAUUCAGGUCCCAAUCGGCGUCGUUGUGGAAAGGAUUUAAACAAACGUAGUUUACUCUUGAAACAAACUCAAACUGCAGAGACUUUAGAAUGGUUAUCACAGAACUACGAGUUGAUCCACGGUGUCUGUGUUCCAAGAUGCGUGUUGUACACACAUUAUCUGGAUUUCUGCAAAAAGAGAAGAUUUUCACCGGCCGGUCCGGCAACAUUUGGAAAGCUCAUCAGACAAAGAUUCCCGAAACUGACAACAAGAAGACUAGGGACGAGAGGGCAGUCGAAAUAUCAUUACUACGGAAUAUCCAUCAAGGAAUCAUCGGUGUAUUAUCAUUCUGUUUACUCUGGAAAAGGAUUAACCAGGUUUUCUGGUACUGAAGGACGAAAAAAGGGAAUAACAAAGAAAUUUUGUUUUGAUAAGAAAAACAGCAAUACUUUACCGGAGUUUCCAAGCGCGUCUGAAAUGAUUUUGGGCGAUGAUUUGCAAGUGGAAAAGGUGGAAACAUUCAUCAUAAUGUAUCGCACCCAUUGUCAGCGGUUACUGGAUACAGUCAUGAACGCAAAUUUUGACGAGGUACACAAGUUUCUUCUUCAUUUUUGGCGCGGAAUGCCUCAGCACAUGAUUCCUGUCUUGGAGUGUGACGCGGUCAUUGAUAUUAUUGUUGUCUGUGAUUCGUUGCUUUACAAGAUAUUAAACGAUGUCUUAGUGCCCUCGAGCAUACAAGAUAUACCGGACAGUCUUACAGAGGAAAUCCAACAGUUCGCUGGCACGUUUAUUAAGUCACUGGAAUCUUGCUUAGAAAAUACACCAGAACUGUUGAGAAACCAAAAGAUUCGAGUUGCCAAGAAUUUUGUUCGCUUGCUUAAAAGGAAUAUGACUUUUAUCCAUUUAGCUCAGACAGCUCGUCCUGUUUUUCUUAGCUAUGAGUCGAUGUCAGGAAUCCUAAAUGAAUUUCAUAGCCUUGAUUUGAGAAAGAUUUUAUCAGAGUUGUUGUUUUUGACCGAACAGAAGCACGUUAGGUUACCAGAAUUAUUAAUGUUCAUGAAGGAAUUUGAAAACCUUUUGGUGAAACAGGCUCCAAUCGAAGCUUAUGCUGAGUGGUUUGACAGCAUUGUUGAAGAAUAUGUACUAAAAGAUGAUACGAAUACUACUGAAGGAGUCAGUGAUUUAUCCGAGAAAUCUAAGGGAUUCUUAACAAGCUGGUCGUUCAUUACUUCACGUAUCUUGCAAGAGUUGACAUUAAAAGGGGCACCUACGUUUGGUUCAUUCCAACUUAUUAUUAUGAUGUUUGAAGAAUAUAUUCUUCUUAUUAUUGAGAAUCAAAUGGUCGCUCGCUUGGACGAAGACUUGAAGCAAGCUUUGACCCGGCAUUGGAAAACAGCAUCAGAUGUUAGGGAGGCAAAUCUCGUUCAAGAGAGUUCUGAGACAAAACACCAAACACGUCAUAAAGAUCAAUUGAUCUUGAACCAACAACAGAGACAGAGAUUUUCUAAAACCUCAAACGCUUCAAAAGAGCAAGAAAUUCUUAUGAUUCAAAAUAUUCAACAAGAAUUUCAACAAAUUGAAACUUCAAAAGGCCAGGAACCGAACGCAAAUAAUUCACUUUAUCAGAUGAGCCAACAAACAUCAGAGCUUCACCCCAGACAAAUGCCUGAGAUCAAUUUCCCUACGAGGGAGGUGUACAUGGGUAUCAAUGCCGUACAAGCGGAUAUUUACCGUAUUGAGAAUUCCACAGCGAUUCAACCACAUGUCUAUAACAUAAUGUACACUCAAAAUCAAGGAAACCAUCUGGAAUUCACAAAUAUGCCUUCCGUGAAUAGUUCUCGAAAUUCAUUUCCGAGAACAGCGCGUAAUAAUCUACAGGCUCCAUCGUUGAUUACUGGAAAUGCAUAUAAAUACCAGUUCGAUACAUAUGCGCUGGAGACUGGACAAGAUCAGUCAAUUGAGGUUCAGUCACAAGGUACCUAUCAAGGUCAAGGUCAAAGUGCAGCCCAUGGUCAUUUUCAUUCUCAAAGCUAUUUUCACGAUAAAAUUCACGCUGGUCACCAGACCCCAGGUAAACUUGAUCAGGGCCAUCAAGGUCAAGGUCAUCAUCGUCAGAGUGAAAGUCAACACGCCCAGGGUCUAGAGUUCCAAAGUCAUCAUACUCUUGGACAAAAUGAAAGCCAUUUUAAGAACUUUCAAUAUGAAGACCAACUCCAUAACCUAGACAGCAACCAAGAGUACAGUUCCCAAAAACAAGUGCAUUAUUCUGUCAAUGAAAGUUUUGGUUACCCUGAUCAAAAUGUGAACUAUAGUCAAACUAGUACAAGUUCUAACAAUUAUCUAUAUACCGAGAAUAUGUCUGUAGACAGGCUUACAGACCAGGAUAUGACAUAUACAACUGAAGAUCAAUCUAAUAUUGACUACCAAGGAAUGACAACGCUUCCCUCUUUCUUUCAAUUAAGCACUCAGUUGUCAAGAAAAACCAGAUUGUCUGGGCAUUGAAAUAUCUAUCAGUUUUAUCUACUUUUUAAGAUGAGAAAAGGUUUCGUCGACUGUGCCAUGUGAUUAUACUUUCAGGAAAAAACGUUAUCUUAAUUCCGUGAUAUUGAAUGAUAUGACUAAGGCCAAAUUAUACUUAAUUUACCAUUAGAAAUGACUGGAAACGUUUUGCAAUUAAGUCGCCAUAACAUUUUUUUCGCCAUUGUUAAGCAAAUGCAAAGUAGAAAUAUAUAAGUCUUAUGU